CCGAGAGGAGCACUAGCACUGCGCGUGCAGAACGGAACCCAAGCCCGAGCCGCCACGGCGCCGCCGCCAUGCGCUGUUUCUGGGCGCUGCUGAAGAAUGCCACCCUGGCAGGGGCGCCCAAGUACAUCGAGCACUUCAGCAAGUUCUCCCCGUCUCCGCUGUCCAUGAAGCAGUUUCUGGACUUCGGGUCCAGCAAUGCCUGUGAGAAAACCUCGUUCACCUUCCUCAGACAGGAACUGCCUGUACGCCUGGCUAACAUCAUGAAGGAGAUCAACCUGCUUCCCGACCGGGUGCUAAGCACACCCUCAGUGCAGCUGGUCCAGAGCUGGUAUGUCCAGAGUCUCCUGGACAUCAUGGAGUUCCUGGACAAGGACCCUGAGGACCACCACACCCUGAACCAGUUCACCGAGGCCCUGGUCACCAUCCGGAACCGGCACAAUGAUGUCGUGCCCACUAUGGCCCAGGGCGUGCUUGAGUACAAGGACGCCUAUGGCGAUGACCCCGUCUCCAACCAGAACAUCCAAUACUUCCUGGACCGCUUCUACCUCAGCCGCAUCUCCAUCCGCAUGCUCAUCAACCAGCACACCCUGAUCUUUGAUGGCAGCACCAAUCCAGCCCAUCCCAAGCAUAUUGGCAGCAUUGACCCUAACUGCCAUGUCUCUGAUGUGGUCAAAGAUGCCUACGACAUGGCUAAGCUCCUGUGUGACAAGUAUUACAUGGCCUCACCUGACCUAGAGAUCCAGGAAAUCAAUGCAUCCAACCCCAAACAACCAAUUCACAUGGUCUACGUCCCCUCCCACCUCUACCACAUGCUUUUUGAGCUCUUCAAGAAUGCUAUGCGAGCCACUGUGGAAAGUCACGAAUCCAACCUCGUUCUCCCUCCUAUCAAGGUCAUGCUGGCCUUGGGAGAGGAAGAUCUGUCCAUCAAAAUGAGUGACCGAGGUGGGGGUGUUCCCUUGAGGAAGAUCGAGCGUCUCUUUAGCUACAUGUACUCCACAGCACCCACCCCCCAGCCUGGCACUGGGGGGACCCCACUGGCUGGCUUUGGUUACGGGCUCCCCAUUUCCCGCCUCUAUGCCAAGUACUUCCAGGGGGACCUGCAGCUCUUCUCCAUGGAGGGCUUUGGGACCGAUGCGGUCAUCUAUCUCAAGGCCCUGUCCACGGACUCAGUGGAGCGGCUGCCUGUCUACAACAAGUCAGCGUGGCGCCACUACCAGACCAUCCAGGAGGCCGGUGACUGGUGUGUGCCCAGCACAGAGCCCAAGAACACGUCCACCUACCGUGUCAGCUAGGGGCCCCCACUCAUCUGUGCCUGGGAGGAUGGACUGCCGUCUCUGGGACCAGCCACCAUGGUGACCCUCCCUGUCCCUCAAGGCCUGGGGUGGGGAGUUUUCCCUGUCUCUCUGGAGGUCACUGUGGUGA